GGCCGAGGAGUGGGCACAUGGGGGUGCAGGUGUGCAGGUGCCAAGCACCAUGGGUUAGGCCCGAGAUUGGAGUCCGGCCGCCCCCCCGACAGCAGCCGCCUCCUGCUGCCUGCGCGCCCCAGGCGCCAUGUCGGGCGACAAACUCCUAAGCGAGCUAGGCUAUAAGCUGGGCCGCACAAUAGGUGAAGGAAGUUACUCCAAGGUGAAGGUGGCCACGUCCAAGAAGUACAAGGGCACGGUGGCCAUCAAGGUAGUGGACCGGCGGCGCGCUCCGCCCGACUUCGUCAACAAGUUCCUGCCGCGCGAGCUGUCCAUCCUUCGAGGCGUGCGGCACCCGCACAUUGUGCACGUCUUCGAGUUCAUCGAGGUGUGCAACGGGAAGCUGUACAUCGUGAUGGAGGCAGCCGCCACCGACCUACUGCAGGCCGUGCAGCGCAACGGACGCAUCCCCGGGGGGCAGGCGCGCGACCUCUUCGCACAGAUAGCCGGUGCCGUGCGCUACCUGCACGACCACCACCUGGUGCACCGCGACCUCAAGUGCGAAAACGUAUUGUUGAGCCCGGACGAGCGCCGCGUCAAGCUCACCGACUUUGGCUUCGGCCGCCAGGCACACGGCUACCCUGAUCUGAGCACCACUUACUGCGGCUCAGCAGCCUACGCAUCGCCGGAGGUUCUCCUGGGCAUCCCCUAUGACCCCAAGAAGUACGACGUAUGGAGCCUAGGCGUCGUGCUCUACGUCAUGGUCACCGGAUGCAUGCCCUUCGACGACUCAGACAUCGCUGGCCUGCCUCGGCGCCAGAAGCGCGGCGUCCUCUACCCCAACGGCCUCGAACUGUCUGAGCGCUGCAAGGCCCUGAUCACGGAAUUGCUGCAGUUCAGCCCGUCGGCCAGACCCUCUGCGGGCCAGGUAGCGCGCAACGGUUGGCUGCGUGCUGGAGACUCCGGCUAA